AUUGGUGGACUUUAAGAAGAAACAUGUUCGCAAAAGGACGGCGAUCGGCCUUAAAGAGGAGGGAUGAGAAUAUUAUUAGGACUUUAACGUACCAUGAUUCUGACGAAGGUGAGCUUAGCCCCGGUGAUGGCGAUUUUGUGCGGUGUGGCAAUCUGUUUUCGCCUUGCCAGUAUAAGUCUGAUAGAAUUGACGAACAGCAAUCGGAAUUUAUUGAAAUUGAUUUACCAUCCUCACCAAUGUCUAGUCCAAGGUCAUCACGAAGUGUUAUGAGGCGUAUGAAACGAUCGCCAAUUCAGUUUACACUCGACGAAGGAAAUGAGGGCGACGUCGACGACGAUGAGCAGAGGGUACCGGCACCCGGAACGGCCAUUGAAUCGCCAUGUCCUAACUCACCACCACACAAUAGAUUACGUGCUCUUAGAUUAUUCGAUACACCACAUACGCCUAAAUCUUUACUUCAAAAAGCUAGGAGACGUCGAUUAACAGACGAACGAAUAGCAAAAGACAGGAAAAGACUAACACCACCUUCGGAAAAUCGCGUGGAAGCAAAUUUCAACCCAUUCACACCAAAUAACAACAGACCACAGACUGUGAAUACCUCCAUGAAACGCAACAGAAACCAAAUGGAAAGAAGCAUAUUGGAUGAUUCUACAGAAGAUGAGAUUGAAGUCGACAUGCCAUCAACAAAGAAAAUUGCACUACAUGAGAUUAAUACAUCACGGUAUAAUGAAGAGUUUCAUGAAGUAUGUAAGCUUGGUGAUGGAGAGUUUGGCAGCGUCUACAAAUGCGUGCAUCGACUAGAUGGCUGUACCUACGCAAUCAAAAAGUCCAAAAUGCCAGUAGCAGGAAGUGUAUAUGAGAGGAAUGCAAUGAAUGAGGUGUACGCCCAUGCAGUACUAGGAAAACAUCAACAUGUUGUACGGUACUACUCUGCCUGGGCAGAGGAAGACCACAUGUAUAUACAAAAUGAAUACUGCAAUGGUGGCAGUCUUGCAGAGGUAGUUGAUGAGGAUAAGCGGACAGGAAGAGUGAUGAGUGAGACAGAACUGAAAACCAUUAUGUACCAGGCUGUCCUUGGCCUCAAGUAUAUUCAUUCUCAGAAUCUCGUGCACCUGGACAUCAAGCCUGGCAAUAUCUUCAUCCAUAGAAAUCCCAAGUUCCUGCAGUCCCCAGAAAGUGGCAUGGAGUCAUGUGGAGAGGAGGACGAAGAGGAGGAAGCCAUCAUCUACAAAAUAGGUGAUUUAGGUCAUGUAACAUCUGUGACCAACCCAACCGUGGAGGAUGGAGACUGUCACUACCUCCCAAAAGAAAUCCUCAGUGAGAACUUUGAUCACUUGUCCAAAUGUGAUGUAUUUUCUUUGGGUCUCACCAUGUAUGAAGCAGGAGGCGGACACAAUCUGCCCCGCAAUGGUCCACAGUGGCAUAGUAUCCGUGAGGGUCAACUACCAAGUCUACCACACUUGUCUUCAGAGCUUAACCAACUCCUCAAGAGCAUGGUGGACCCUGAUCCUGUAAAGCGCCCUAGUGCAGCAGCUGUAGCCUCAAGUCCAAUCCUGUGUCCGCAAGCCACUAAGUCACGUGCACAACUUCGACGUGAACUCAAUGAAGAACGCUUCAAAAAUCAGAUGUUGUCUAGGAAACUUGUUGAAGCCACACAGUGUCUAACCAGAAUCACACCUGCAAGUUUCUCCUCUAAUGUAAACAGGAAGAGUCGAAUGGUUGGAAACAAGAUGAAAAGGAGUAUGAGUCUUUCUGCAUUCUGAUCAGAAAAGAAAAAAAGUGCAAAAAAUACUGUGUAGUUAUCCUGCAUGGAGACUUUAAUAUAUACUGUGUACAUACGAAUAAUUCUGUACAGCUGCCCUGGUCGGGAAGGAACUCUUAUAGUGCACUCAAUAAUGUAUGGAAUCUAAUGACUGAAGCAGGUCUUCUGUUUGUGAUAUAUGUGAUGAUAAACUCAAGAAGUGUAACUUCUGUACCAUUGUGAUAUGACUUUCAGGCUUGGAGAGAAGGCAGGAAGAUUGCCGAGUGGAUGCAGGGAUGGGGGUGGGGGCAGUUUGAUGCAUGUUUGUGCAUUUUCCCAAUUUAGACAAAUUCUGUAGAAUCUUUUUCUAUUCUGCAAUUUUCAGCAAUGAAUGAUACACUGUUUUAUCUUAAUUCUGUGUUUUGAAUGUUUCUUUUUU